AUGACAGACGAGGAACCUUCGCUGAACAUACCGUCGCUUCUCACUCUAGCGGUUGUAUCGUACUUUGUUCUCCGGUGGUUCUUUAACCGCGAUGAUAGCUCCGCGGGAGGAAACCGAGGUCGGGGGCGUGGCAAUGUUGUCGAUCCGGCACAGGUGGAACAGAUCGCGCAGAUGUUCCCUCAACUGAGCACACGGGAUAUAAUGUGGGAUCUGCAGCGUAAUGGGGGAAGUGUUGCCGCAACGACAGAGCGGGUUCUGACUGGACGGGGCCUGGAAACGCCCCCUCCUUCCUUCCAGCCUCAGGUCGCAAUUCCCCCCACCAACAUCCCGCCGACGCAGACCGCCACGGCCGCACCCGUGCCCAAAGCAGACGCACAAGACUUGAUAUCUCGGUAUAAUCUGAGUGCAAAGGCCGAGAGCCCUCCUACAGAGUCACAACCCGAGACACCUUCCAAGUCCUCCUGGUCUCAGAAUAAGGAAGAGCGCCAGCGGAUCCUGCAGAAGCGUCGGGAUGAUAUGAUCUUAGCAGCGCGGAGGAAGAUGAUGCAAAAGAACCAGGGCGAUGUUCAAUGA